AUGAAAUGUCACUGUACAAAGUCUGUUGGAGGAUCAUUCCAAGUGACAGUGUCUACUGGGCAGGUGGAAUCAAUAAAUUUAGAGACCAAAACAUGCUCUUGCAAAUCUUAUGACCUUAUAGGUAUUCCCUGUGGUCAUGCAUUAGUUUGCAUGUGGUAUUCCAAUCUUAGUGAGUAUGAUUUUUUUGCUGAAUGUUACAAGAAAGAAGCCUUCUCAGCUACUUAUGAAGGGGCAAUUGCACCUAUGUCUAGUCGUGAACAUUGGCCUGAUAAAGGCCUAAAUCCAAUCCUUCCACUAACAAAAACUGUUCUACCUGGAAAGCCCAAGAAAUCAAGGAGAAGAGAAGAAUCUCCCCAGAAGAAAAAGAUGGGUCGUCCUCCCAAAAAGAAUCCAAAUCCUCAAACUGUUAAGAGAAACAUGAGGAGAAGCAAGCAACAAGCAAGGGAAUCAAUAAUUAUUCAGCCACCAUCAUCUGCACAUUAG